CAAUUCAUUCGUUGUUCAAUUUGGCCACUCAUCAACCUCACGAAAUAUUGUUCCAUUAAAUCAAUAUGAUGAAGUUGAGUACAUGCAUCGUGUUAGCAGUUCUGGUCGUAAUGACAUUACCUGCUGAUGCGUGGUGGAGAAGAUCAACCAAUGUUAAACCAGGCUGCGUAAAUGCAAAUUGGUGGGUAUCUUUCAACAAACAAGGAUGGUCAACUUGUGACACCACAAACCAGUUUAUCACUGGCUUUUAUCGCAGCGCAUUGAGUGCCAACUAUGAUGGACUUUACCGUCUUGAAGAAGCCAAAUGCUGCAAAUCUAGUCCAAUAUAUAUUGGACAGAAAAGUACUUGCCAAAAUGCUAACUGGUGGGACUCUUUCAACAAAAAAGGAUGGAAUGUUUGUUCGAAUGGAUAUUUUCUAAAUGGUCUCUAUCGCACAAACGGACAAAACUUACACAACCUCGAAGAGGGAAAAUGUUGCAAACCAGUCAAUCAUCCCGACAAGUAUGGUGAUUGUUACCAUGAAAAUAUCAAAAAUGAUUUCAACAAAAAAGGAUGGACAGUGUGUAAAAAAGAUGGCUACUACGUCACUGGGUUAAGACGAGAUUCUGGGAAUUGGCUAAAGGACAUUGACAGUUUUAAAUGCUGUAAAAUGUGGAGUGCCAACGUUAAACCAGGCUGCGUAAAUGCAAAUUGGUGGGUAUCUUUCAACAAACAAGGAUGGUCAACUUGUGACACCACAAACCAGUUUAUCACUGGCUUUUAUCGCAGCGCAUUGAGUGCCAACUAUGAUGGACUUUACCGUCUUGAAGAAGCCAAAUGCUGCAAAUCUAGUCCAAUAUAUAUUGGACAGAAAAGUACUUGCCAAAAUGCUAACUGGUGGGACUCUUUCAACAAAAAAGGAUGGAAUGUUUGUUCGAAUGGAUAUUUUCUAAAUGGUCUCUAUCGCACAAACGGACAAAACUUACACAACCUCGAAGAGGGAAAAUGUUGCAAACCAGUCAAUCAUCCCGACAAGUAUGGUGAUUGUUACCAUGAAAAUAUCAAAAAUGAUUUCAACAAAAAAGGAUGGACAGUGUGUAAAAAAGAUGGCUACUACGUCACUGGGUUAAGACGAGAUUCUGGGAAUUGGCUAAAGGACAUCGACAGUUUUAAAUGCUGUAAAAUGUGGAGUGCCAACGUUAAACCAGGCUGCGUAAAUGCAAAUUGGUGGGUAUCUUUCAACAAACAAGGAUGGUCAACUUGUGACACCACAAACCAGUUUAUCACUGGCUUUUAUCGCAGCGCAUUGAGUGCCAACUAUGAUGGACUUUACCGUCUUGAAGAAGCCAAAUGCUGCAAAUCUAGUCCAAUAUAUAUUGGACAGAAAAGUACUUGCCAAAAUGCUAACUGGUGGGACUCUUUCAACAAAAAAGGAUGGAGUGUUUGUUCGAAUGGAUAUUUUCUAAAUGGUCUCUAUCGCACUAACGGACAAAACUUACACAACCUGGAAGAGGGAAAAUGUUGCAAACCAAUCAAUCAUCCCGACAAGUAUGGUGAUUGUUACCAUGAAAAUAUCAAAAAUGAUUUCAACAAAAAAGGAUGGACAGUGUGUAAAAAAGAUGGCUACUACGUCACUGGGUUAAGACGAGAUUCUGGGAAUUGGCUAAAGGACAUUGACAGUUUUAAAUGCUGUAAAAUGUGGAGUUGUAAGAAUCACAAAACUAAUUCUUUUUUUAUCAUUAAGUAAAAGUAAAUGUUUCAUUAUCUCUGUUUGUGUAGGUUGAAGCUCUAUGCCAACCACGAGGUAAAUAAGCAAGUAAUGAUUUUAUAAAAAAAGUUGUUGUUGUAGUUAGAAACUGUUAUUUCAGUUAUUUUGUUAACUCAUUUUUCAAAUAAAACUUUGAUACAAAAGGAA